UGAUGCAGCUACUACAACUGAAGCCUUCACAAGUUCUGAACCAUUUACAACUGAAUCAUCAACAACUCCCAUUGAGUCAAUAACGCAAGAAUCAACCACUUUAGAGUCAACAAGUACCACUGAACUUCUGACAUCAACUGCAGAACAAGUAUCUAUACUGGAAACAUCAACCCCAAGUGAACCAUUAACAACCCCAACAACUCCAGUAGAGUCAACAAUGCAGGACACAACCACUGUGGAGUCAACAACAAGUAUCAAUGAGAUUCUGACAUCAACUACAGAACAAGUAUCUACACUGGAAACAUCAACACCCAGUGAGCCUGCAACUACUACCGAAGUCCUCAUAAGUCCUGAAUCAACCACAACUGAAUCAGUAACAACCCCAACAACUCCACUUGAGUCAACAAUGCAGGAAACAACCACUGUAGAGUCAACAAGUACAACUGAAUUUCUGACAUCAACUGCAGAGCUAGCAACUACCUUGGAAACAACCACAUCAACUGAUGCAGCUACUACAACUGAAGCCUUCACAAGUUCUGAACCAUUUACAACUGAAUCAUCGACAACUCCCAUUGAGUCAAUAACGCAAGAAUCAACCACUUUAGAGUCAACAAGUACCACUGAACUUCUGACAUCAACUGCAGAACAAGUAUCUACACUGGAAACAUCAACCCCAAGUGAACCAUUAACAACCCCAACAACUCCAGUAGAGUCAACAAUGCAGGACACAACUACUGUGGAGUCAACAACAAGUAUCAAUGAGAUUCUGACAUCAACUGCAGAACAAGUAUCUACUACUACCAAAGUCAUCACAAGUCCUGAAUCAACUACAACUGAACCAUUAACAACCCCAACAACUCCACUAGAGUCAACAAUGCAGGACACAACCACUGUAGAGUCAACAAGUACAACUGAACUUCUGACAUCAACUACAGAACAGGUAACUACCCUGGAAACAACCAUCUCAAAUAAGUCAGCAACAACAAGCGAAGUCCUCACAAGUCCUGAAUCAACCACAACUGAAUCAGUAACAACCACACCAGCUCCUGUUGAGUCGACAAUGCAGGAAACAACCACUGUAGAGUCAACAAGUACCACCGAACUUCUUACAUCAACUGCAGAACAAGUAUCUACACUGGAAACAUCAACCCCCAGUGAGCCUGCAACUACUACCGAAGUCAUCACAAGUCCUGAAUCGACUGCAACUACUGAAUCAUCAACAUCAUCACCAACUCCUCUUGAGACUACAGUGCCAACUACAACUAUUUCCACAACAACAAAAAAUGAAGGCUAUCUUUCUUUACGCUUUAAGAUGGAUACUGUUUUCAUUGAUGCUUACAGUAAUCCAAAUUCAGAUGCUUUUAAGACACUGGCCAAUCGUGUUGAAACUGAGUUGACAAACAUAUACACAGCAAUGUACCCGCUGACAUUCCGAAGAUGCAUCGUCAUUUCAUUUCGGCCUGGCUCUGUGGAAGCAAAUACUCAACUUACUUUUUUGGACCAGACCCAGAUGCCUAAUACUACAAAUGCUGAAGAAGCUUUAAAGCAAUCUCUUAAUUCAUCAUCUUUAGGUGUUAUUGCAUCCAGUAUUGAAGCUGUGGUCAUCAGUUCUGCAAAUGCAACCGAAUCCCCAACCACUAAGGAACAAGAAACUAGCCUGGAUGCAACAACCUCAAGCGAGACAGCAACUACAAGUGAAUUCUUCACGAGUCCUGAACCAACUACAAAAGAAUUAUUAACAUCACCAACUCCACUUGAAUCAACAAUGCAGGAAACAAUCACAGUAGAAUCUACAACAAGCACCACUGAAGCUCCAACAUCAACUACAGAACAAGUGACAACCUUGGAGACAACCACCUCAACUGAUGCAACAACUACAAGUCAAGUGGUCACAAGCACAGAACCAACUACAACUGAAUCAACAACACCUUUUGAGACUACAGUCCAAGAAACAAACACUGUAGAAUCCACAACAAGCACCACUGAAGCCCCAACAUCCACUACAGAACAAGUGACAACCCUGGAGACAACCACCUCAACUGAAGCAACAACUACAAGUCAAGUGGUCACAAGCACAGAACCAACUACAACUGCAUUAACAACGCCUUUUGAGACUACAGUCCAAGAAACAACCACUGUAGAAUCUACAACAAGCACCACUGAAGCUCCAACAUCAACUACAGAACAAGUGACAACCUUGGAGACAACCACCUCAACUGAUGCAACAACUACAAGUCAAGUGGUCACAAGCACAGAACCAAGCCUGGAUCAGUUGGAGUGGAUUCCCAGGUGGGCUUUGAAAACAAGACAGUGGUUCCUGAAACAACAGAGGCAGUGA